AUGCGUAAGUGUAAGAUCUUUGUUGGUUCAUCCCAUCCUGAAUUAGGUAAAUUAGUAUGUGAUAGAUUAGGUGUAGAACCGGCUCCAUGUUCACUUAAGAAAUUCUCCAAUGGUGAAACAUCAGUACAAAUUGGAGUAUCAGUUAGAGAUGAAGAUGUAUAUAUUAUCCAAUCAGGUUCUCCCCACAUCAAUGAUCAUAUUAUGGAAUUAUUAAUUUUGAUAUCGGCAUGUCGUGGAGGUUCUGCAAAUAAGAUUACGGCGGUUAUUCCACAAUUUCCAUAUAGUAAACAAUCCAAGAUGAAAAAACAUCGUGGAGCAAUUACGGCAAGAAUGUUGGCUAAUUUGUUGAUUAUGGCAGGUGCUGAUCAUGUUGUAAGUAUGGAUUUACAUGCUAGUCAAAUGCAAGGGUUUUUCACUAAACCAGUUGAUAAUUUAUUUGGUGCACCUACUUUGGCAAGAUGGAUUCGUCAUAAUAUUCCUGAUUGGGAUUCUGCAGUUGUUGUUUCUAAGAACCCGGGUGGGACUAAACGUGUGACUGCUUUGGCUGAUUCUUUAAAGAUUAAUUUUGCCAUGAUUCAUACUGAUAGAAGAAGAACUCAAGAUGUUAUGUAUUCUAAAAAGAAGGCAAUUAAGAACUCGAAAAAGACAGUGACUGAAGAUGACGAUGAUGAAGAAGAAGAAGAUAAUAUUGUUAGUGAACUUCAAACUGGUAGAAUUGUUCAAGGACAUGUUGUUGGUGAUGAUUAUCCUAAUUUAAAUGGUAGUAGUAGUAUGCGUAGUACUACAUCUGCAAUGAAAUCCGUUGAUCUUAAUGGUAAUGCUAGCAAUAAUUUUGAAUCAGUCUCGGGUGAUAUAUCAAGUGAUGUAUUAGGAGGUAGUUAUGAUGCGGCAGGAAGUGAUGAUGAAGAGUAUGAGCAAUCUUCAUUACAAGAAGAAAAAUUAAUUACUUUAGUUGGAGAUGUUAAAGAUAAAGUAGCAAUUAUAUUAGAUGAUAUGAUUGAUAAACCAAAUUCUUUCAUUGCUGCUGCUGAACAUUUAAGAUUAAAUUGUGGUGCAAAAGCAGUUUAUGUUGUUGCAACUCAUGGUGUUUUUAAUGAUUUAUGUUUAGAAUCUUUAACUGAAUCUGAAUGUAUUGAUAAAAUCGUGGUUACUAAUACUUAUCCAAUUGGUAAUGAAAGAAUUAAGAAAUAUUGUGAUAAAUUAUGUGUGAUUGAUGUUUCUCCAAUAUUUGCUGAAUGUAUUAGAAGAGAUCAUUUUGGUGAAUCAAUUUCUGUCUUGUUUGAUUCUUUAGCUGCAAUUGAAUAG